CUCUCUCUCUCUCUACGGACGUAAGAGUCAGCUUGUUUUAGGUGUAGGUUUAAAGGUGUUUUUGAGCAUGGGAGUGUGUUUUGGGAACCCUUUCCUUUUACUCAUGGGUUUCAGUUAAAGUAGGAGGUGGUGCUGUAUGUUGUCUUCUAAAGAAGGUUUUAUACAGAUCAGGAAGACACUCUCGAUUUCUCCUUUUCCCAACUCCUCCCGUUUCUUAUUUAACAUCAUCUUCUUUCUUUCUCCUCCUUUCCCUUCCUGAAUUGGAUUUCAAAGGCUUUUAUUCUCUCAUGAAUUAUCUUCUUUCUUUGUGAGUUUUGUCUGCUUUCUCUUCUUUGCAUCUACUGAUUCUUCCUGUUGUUCUUCCUAUUCCCAAUUAGUCGAAUCGUUGUUGCCAUAUACGUACCAGUUUGCACAGGAAUAAGCAUGAUGUGCUUGACAUGCUUGGCCUUCCAAUGACCAUGUACAGGCGGUCAAUUCCAUGUGAGGGUCUCCGCGGACACAUGAAGCUAAAAUCUUGAUGCCCAUGAAGCAGCCAUGAAUACAAGUCCUAUAGGUUCAGUCAGCAGUUCCAGUCUCAUCGACGCCAAGCUCGAAGAACAACGUGUGGGUGUCUCCGAACAGUGCCCUAGGUGUGGCCACAAGCUCGAUCGCAAACCGGACUGGGUAGGGAUGCCGGCAGGCGUGAAGUUUGAUCCCACGGAUCAAGAAUUGAUAGAGCACCUGGAAGCCAAGGUGAAGGCACAAGAUCUGAGAUCCCACCCUCUGAUAGAUGAGUUCAUACCGACGAUCGAGGGAGAAGAUGGCAUCUGCUACACCCAUCCUGAGAAGCUCCCAGGUGUGAGAAGGGAUGGCCUGAGCAAGCACUUCUUCCACAGGCCAUCCAAGGCCUACACCACGGGCACAAGGAAGAGGAGGAAGAUCCAGUCUGAGUGUGACCUACACAGAGGCGAAACCAGGUGGCACAAGACAGGGAAGACAAGGCCUGUGAUGGUCAACGGGAAGCAGAAGGGGUGCAAGAAGAUACUCGUCCUGUACACCAACUUCGGAAAGCACAGGAAGCCUGAGAAGACCAACUGGGUCAUGCACCAGUACCAUCUGGGGGAGUUCGAGGAUGAGAAGGAAGGUGAGCUUGUGGUGUCCAAGAUAUUCUACCAGACCCAGCCAAGGCAGUGCAACUGGUCAUCUGAUAGGAGCCCAGCAGCAGCAGCAGCAGCCGCCAUGGAGGGGAUGGACCAAAGAAGGGACGGUAGGAGUGGAAGCUCUUGUUCCAAAGCUGCUAGCAAGAGAGACGAGCAUUCUUCCGGGGGUGGUGGAAUCUCGGGGUACAGUAGCAUGGAGAUGCACCAGCACUUGAAGCCCGAUAACUUUAGCUUUGCUCCAUUUAGGGAAAGUUACAGUGAG